GGGGACCUUCUUCGAGGGAUCUCACCUGGACGUCCCAAUCGUGUGUCGAUUCGUUGCGUGCUGGCUCAUGGUUCACCAUCCGAAGAAGAGGUUUAUCAUGGAAGAGCUGCAAGUUUCGUCCAGGACCUUCGUCGACUGGAGCAGUUUCUGUCGAGGUAUGUAUGGAUUAUUUAACACGUCGUUCUGUUCUUUUAGGUGGAGAAGGAGUAACCGUCGAGACCGACGAAGCGAAGAUCGGCAAGAGGAAGUACAACCGUGGGAGAAGAAUCGAGGACCAGUGGAUCUUCGGAGAUUACGAGCGAGGCUCGGGCAACGUUUUCAUCCUUCCAGUUCCGGAUCGAACCACGGAUACCUUGCUUGAGCUUAUACGAGAGCACAUACGACCUGGCACCACAAUCAUUUCCGAUUGUUGGUGCUCUUACCAGUGUUUAGGUACCGAAGGCUUUCGUCACCUCACUGUUAACCACAGCUUGACCUUCAUGGAUCCCGACACAGGCGCGCACACCCAAAAUAUCGAGAGGCUGUGGAGAGACGUGCGAGGAGGAAUUCCAGGGAGGCGCAUAUGUCAGGGUAUCUUGCGGAAUUCUUCCUCGAACUCGCCUUAUUCAUGAAUUCAUGCGAGCUGCUGCCGACCUCUAUCCACCUUCCCCUGUUCCUAUCGGAGAAGAUCCCGAGGAACCAGUGGCAGGA